UUGGGGCACAGUUGCCCAGCAACAGGCGGUGCCCUCCCUUCCGCCCUCAUCCGAGGCCGGGCCUCUACGUCUGAAAGGCGGACCGCCCUGCACCCUCCAAGCCUGCACCUCUUAGUCCGGCACCAGGAAGAGUGGCUCUAAGAGGGAGAGGAGCCCAGGGACUGACCCAAGAUGCCGUUGACUCCAGAGCCGCCCUCUGGGCGCAUGGAGGGGCCCCCCGCAUGGGAGGCAGCCCCAUGGCCCUCACUGCCCUGUGGGCCCUGCAUUCCCAUCAUGCUGGUCCUGGCCACCCUGGCUGCGCUCUUCAUCCUCACCACCGCUGUGUUGGCUGAAUGCCUGUUCCGCCGCACUCUCCGCCCAGACCCCAGCCACCGUGCACCCACCCUGGUGUGGCGCCCAGGAGGAGAGCUGUGGAUUGAGCCCAUGGGCACCCCCCGAGAGCGCUCUGAGGACUGGUACGGGUCUGCGGUACCCCUGCUGACAGACCGGGCCCCUGAGCCUCCCACCCAGGUGGGCACUUUGGAGGCCCGAGCAACCGCCCCACCUGCCUCCUUAGCCCCAAAUUCUGCCCCCAGCAACUUGGGCCCCCAGACCCUACUGGAGGUCCCAGCCCGGAGCACCUUCUGGGGGCCCCAGCCCUGGGAGGGGAGGCCCCUCGCCACAGGCCUGGUGAGCUGGGCUGAACCCGAGCAGAGGCCAGAGGCCAGCGUCCAGUUUGGGAGCCCCCAGGCCAGGAGGCAGCGACCAGGGAGCCCAGAUCCUGAGUGGGGCCUCCAGCCACGGGUCACCUUGGAGCAGAUCUCAGCUUUCUGGAAGCGUGAAGGCCGGACCAGUGUGGGGUUCUGAAUCCCCACGGUUCCCCAGAGACCCCCGAGGAAGGCCUUGCCUCAGUGGGAUGGGGGACCCCAGGAUCCAGCAUUAGGAUUGAGACUGCCCCAGGGAAGAUGCCCUUCCCAGGCCCUUUCCACCUGGGGUCCCCCUCCCCGGGUCUGGAUGGUGGCCAGGCUGUGUGGACUAGGGGAAGCCCAGCAGUGCCUCUGCUCAGCUACCUGGGCUGUGGCUCAGAGACCUGGGGGUGGAGCCAACACCAGGCCAGAAGCCUUCAAGAUCGCAUCCAGAUGAAGAACCCAAGGUACCAGAUAGUCAGGAAAUGGCAUCGACCAGCCACCUCUACCUUCUUUCAGUGUUUACCGAAACCACCAAUACCAAAGAGAAAGGGUCCCGCGGUGCUGAACAGCCUCGGUGUGGUGAUGACGGCUGGCAGGAGAUGACAGGAAUCCAGUUUCCCAGAGCCACAAAUCCUGUUCUCCUUGGCCACUCACCCACUGUGAGGUCCUCUAGGAAAAUACACAAAGAGAGGACCAGACCAGGCAGAGGAGCAUUUUGUUUCAAAUGAACUGUGGCUUUGACCCCCAAACUUCAAGGAGGAACUUGCUGGGCCAAGCUGGAGCGGCGCUGUCUUGCUGGAGUGGGGACCUAGAGUCAGAGAAAACCCACAGGCUCCUCUGCCCAUUCUCCUCCAUCUGCACACGUCUCAGCCUCGGACCCUCACCACUCCAUGGUGAGGAAGGCCAUGGCCAGGGGAAACUGAGUUUCAUCCAAUGUGGAGAGGAGCGUUGUCCCAGAGCAGGGCAGCUCCCAAACUGUGCCCUCUGAUCAUCGUCCCUUCCAGCUUGCUGGAGUGUCCAGAGAGACAGAUUUGCCACAAGCUAGGCUUACUUAUAAUGCUCCACCCCACAGAAAUGGGACCCCAAGUACCUGAUCUUCCCUUUAGGAGAGGCAGGUGGGUUAGCAGCAGAUGUAGUUUCCAUUUCCCUGGGGGUCUAAUUUUCCAAACUUCAUCUUUUUUUUUUUUUUUUUUUUUUUUUGA